UUCAGUGUAAGUCUUGACAGUCAAACGAGUGUUCAAGUUUAUUUUACAAAAUUUUGUUUUUGACGUCAAUUAUGUUAAAAAAAUACUAAAUAUACUCUUUAAAUGGUUAUAAGUGAAAUGUCAUGAGAAAUGCGACUAUUAAGAUUACAGAGUCAAACAUAUUUGAAUUCACAUAUUGACAAAACGAUGUUCGCAGAAGUGACACGCAAAAGGAUUUUCUUGCAAAUGACUUAGUAUAUCGAAAUGCACCUAUCUUAUCGAUUGCAAUCGAAUUAUCUACAGAUAAUGUUAUAAAAUUAACAAAUUAAUGGAAAACAUCGGACAUAGUCGCCUUUUGAAAUUCUUCGUGGAUGGCAAAGAAUUGUAGCCACCGAGAUAGCACGUCAGAUGAUUUAUUAAAAUCGGUUCAGUAGCACUUCGAUCGGUAAUUUCACGACUUUUGCAGAAACAAAAUGGAAGCACCGGUAUACAAAAUUCAAUAUGAGUUUAUAACUCCAACGAACAUCGAGAGCGAGGUACCAGGCAAGCAGGAUAUACGAGAAGGUGGCGAACAAAUUGCCGCGGAAAUCUCAACCGUAGCUCCUGACAAUAAGACCGAAAAUCCCGAUGACUACGUCCUAUCACCAGUCAUAACAGUGACUAAGCAAGAAGCAGAAUACACUAAAGGAGAUUUAAAACUGCAAAAAGUUUCGGUCACUGAAGACAUUUCGGAACACAUCGGAGCAGUAUACUACACGAUAAACUCAAACCCCAGCAUCAAAUCAGAGGUGAUCAAGGCACAGCCGGUGAGGGUGAUAGAAGAUGAGAGAAAGACAAGGAUACCAACAUUGAAAAACCGUACACCGGCGGAAGGCAGGCGUGCGUCUGUAGACAAGAAUGAGCCUCCACCUCCGAGACUUAACCAAAAAAGAUCGUCGAUACCAAGACUCAGAGACAGCAGAAUACCACCGCCACUGGACAGACGAGCGUCCAAACCUGAUAUUAAGUUAGAAACUCCCCAGCCGGAAGAUGAAUUCGAAAAGAUAUACGGUGAGAUAGUUAGCGAACCUAACGAUGUUAUUGAUGUUAUAGAAAGCGUCAAAGUUGAAGACCCAGAGAAACUAGACAAUACAUUUGAAGAGAUCAUUCAUGAUUAUGAAGAAAAUAAGGUACAACCUAUUACUAUAGGCACCUCUGUUAAUGUUAAUAAGCCUAAAUCAAAAAUACCGCUGUCGAAGCGCAAAAGUGAACAGGAAAUCAAAAUAGCUAAGCCGGCUGAAAGGGUUGUCAAAAAAGAUGAACCGAAAGCAGAAAAAAAUGAAAUGAGAGUACCUGUUCAUAAACAUUUUCCUCAAAAAGCUGUAAGAACUAAAUACAAUAUUAAAAACGACGAUAAAGCCAAUGAUGUUGAAAAAAUAGAAAUUAAUAAACCUACAGUGAUAGAAAAUUCAAAAACAGAUAAUGUGAAACACAAACAAUUAAUGGAUCCAGUCAAAGUAGCGGCUAUAGAGUUGAUUGAACCCGAGAUGAGAGAAAAUGUCAUACAAGUAGACAAGAAAUCGAUCAUAAAUACGGUAAAAGAGAUUGGUGAAAACAUUAACAAUGUAGAAUUAGACAAUGUCAUUCAAACGGAACCAGAAGCAAUACUAGACAAUGUUAAAGAACCAGAACUAACAAUAAAACCGAUAUCACAAGAAAAUGUAGUAAUGAAACCAUUUAUUACGGAAUCGACUGAAUGUACAAAUGAACUAACACCGAUUGAAAUCGCAAUUGAGAAAAAUCAAACAAAUGGUAUUCCUGUAAUAGAUAGCAAUAUAGAAAGUAAAGACGAUAAAGAAAAUAUGGAUACAGAAUAUAAACCAGGAAAAGUGAGCCGGUUGCUUCAUAGAAUUCGUUCACAGGAAUUUGGAACAGACAACUUGACUCCUAAAAAGGAAGUCCUGAUUGAUGUACCGAAGAAAAAGUCAGUACUAUCAAAAAUAGCUAUGUUUGAAAGACAAGAUGAACCAAGACCUCGUGUCAAACUUCCAAUAAUUAAGCCUAAAGAAAUCAAACCAGAAACAAUGAAAGAAGAACAUAUAGAUAGAAAGCCAAUAAUUGUAGAUGAACUUUUGAAAGAAAGUAAUUUAGACUCUAUUGGUUAUGACACUAGCAUUGACUAUCUACCAAUAGAACAUUUAGAUACAAAGAAAGGCUAUACCGUAGAAAUACAAGACGACAAAGUUCAGUAUCAUGAAAUUGAAGAUAAUAAUGAAGAAGAAUCGACAGCGAACAUUGAAAAUUCGAAUCUAAAUAAUGUAAUGAUUUUCGACAAACCCACCGAGUUCUCACAAAGAGAUGAAAUUGAAUCAAUAACAUUAAAAAAUAAAAUAAUUGCCAGUACUAGCAGAGUUGGUAUUGUAAAUCAGAAUAGUAUAGAAUUUUUGGAACCACCAGCUGAAAAUUUAAAUGAAAAUGUCCCUAGAGAAAUCGUCGUUGAGACAGUAGGACAUACAUCCGCGGAAUAUGACAUAACUCCAAUUAGCAAUGAUGAAAAUUCCGACAAAGUGGAAGAAAAAGAUUCAGACACAUUCAAAUAUGAACCUAACACCACUGAUUACAAAGUAGAUAUUCCAAUUGAAAAUAGAACAGUACAAGAAAGUAAAAUAGAAACAUUGGAAUUUGAACCUAUAAGCUUUGACGGUAAGGUUGAAAACGAUGUGUUUUCUCAAGGAUCUAAAGUAGAACAGUGGAAAUCAAUGAAUGAGAAUAAAGAUAUUACGAAAGAAAGGCUAAAGAGUGUUGCAGACGUUGAUCUAGGUGAUGCUGUGAAAGGGAAAGUACAUCAAAUUAUUGUUAGGAUGAAUUCUGUGGAGAAAAUCGAGAAUAACAAGAAAGAAAUAAACCCGAGAGAGCGGCCGAGGAAGAAAUCUGUUUCGAAGAUCAUCGCUUUGUUUGAGCAAAAGUCCUACCAAAUUGAACAACCGGCGUCUCAUCGACCAGAAGUAACUACUAGGACUACACAGCCACCGGCAACUUUAACUGAGGAAGAAUACCAACUGAGAACAGCUGAACUGGCUUCCGGGAAAUUGGUCUACGGGAGAAUGGAAAACAUGGCUUAUAUCGUGUUGAAUAAUGGACUGGAGAUGCCUGUGUUAGCUGUUGGAACGGCGCUGCUAGACAAUCGCCUCGUCCGGCCCGUGAUCGAAGCGGCCAUAGACAUGGGCUACCGGGCCAUAGACACCGCGUACAUCUAUGGCAACGAGAAGGAGGUCGGAGAGGCUAUCAAGACAAAGAUUGAUGAUGGAACUGUGAAGCGCGAGGACCUAUUCAUAAUAUCAAAACUUUGGAGCACCUUCCACCGCUCGGACCUGGUCCACACAGCUUGCAGCGAAUCCCUCAAAGCGAUCGGACUGACGUACUUCGAUCUAUAUUUGAUACACAACCCUGUGUCUUUUAAGGAAGGCCCCGACCCUAUCCCGAAGAUCGCGAACGUGGUGCAGUACUCCUCCUCAGACUUCAUGGACGCCUGGUACGGCAUGGAGACGCUUGUCACCAAAGGGCUCGUCAAAAGCAUCGGUUUGAGUAACUUCAACUCCAAACAGCUGCAAAGGAUCUUGGAUAAGGGCAGGGUCAAGCCAGUUAUUAAUCAGGUGGAGUGCCACCCCUACCUGAGCCAGCGACCCCUGGCAGGCUUCUGUUCCGCGCGCGAGGUCAAACUGUCUUGCUUCGGGGUGUUGGGGUCCAAAGGGACCCCGAAGGAGUACACCAGCGGACUACCAGCCGUCAUUGAUGACCCCCUGGUACAAGCGAUGGCUGAUGGACUUAAUAUUACCGCGGCUCAGCUGCUCAUCAGAUACCAAAUCGACAGCGGCCACAGCGUGGUGGUGAAGGCUUCGUCACCAGCCCACCUGUGGGAUAACCUUCAGGCGCUGAAGGUGGCCUUAGACCCGACGCAGGUCAAGGCUCUGCAAGCGCUGAACAGGAACAAGAGGAUCUUCACUUUCGCUGGAAUCGGCGAUACUCACCGCAACUAUCCCUUCCGGAUUCCAUAUUAACAUUUUUUUUUUUACAUUUUGACAUUUAACAUUUUUUUUACGAUUUUUUCGACAUUUUUACGAAUAUUUCGAUAUUUUUUCAUUUUAGAUUUUCCUGUGUGUUAGUUUUAAGUGUGAUUUUGAUGCAAGGAACAAUGAUCAUUACAAAAAUAAAACCAAAUAUCAUCGCUUUAUAAUUAUGAAUAAGGAAUAUUACAAACUGACUGGUCUUCUCUAAAAACUAAAGAUGUGAAAUAAAGAUCCAAUCAUUGUAUGAGAAACAUUGAGAAAAUCGCCAGUUUAUAAUUUACCUACAACACAAUUUUUGAGAUUUAAACGACAUUUUUCCUUGCACUUUAUUUUUGUGCGUCACAAUUAGUGACAAUUAUUUUAUGUCUGUACUUAGUAUAUAAGUCUUUUUUUAUAUUUUUUUAUAUUGCGUAAGUAAUAUCAUUUCCAAUGUGUGUCUUUGAAUGUCUUCAAUGAAUUAAAUAAGUAAUUAUAUGA